CACACAAAUACAAGGGAAUAGUAAACAAUUAGUAAAAACAUAAUCAUAAUCAUAAUCAUAGAAAUUUGUAAUGUCGGAUACAAAUUUAUAUGUAGCAGAGCCAUCUGUAAAUUGCACGGAAAUCUUUUUGGAUGAGAAAUGGAAGGGUUGGUGUCGUCUUUGUGCGAAAGCUGAUGGCCAAUACAUCAAUAUUAUAUCGGGACAGUGUUUACAACAGAUUAAUGAAAAUGGAAUUAAUUACGAUAAGAAUAUGGCCCAUGUAAUAGGAACGUUUUUUCGGGUCCAUAUUGAAGAGGAUGAUAAAUUGUCGCAGGUAAUUUGCGCCGAGUGUUGCGGAAGUGUAACAAACCUCAUACAAUUUAGUGAGCGCGUAAAUAAGGUCCAACAAAUGUACAAUGAACUACAGAAUUUUGCAGGCAAAGAAAAACCAGAUUUACAUUUGUUAUUUGUGAAGCAUGGAAUCCUAAAAGAUGAAUCAUUAAUUCCACAAUGUAGGACUGCCCUUCCAGUUGAAGAAAUUUUCGUUGCCGAUUUAGCGAGUCUAGACGUGGGUGAUGUCCAAAGUAUUAAUGUAAAACCUGAUAAAGUAUCGACUCAACUCCAGGGAGAGUCGUUAUUACAAAACGAAGACAAGAAAGAUGGGUUUCAUGAUCCGAUCGCUGAUGAUGAGGGAAAUUUCUACCAAAAUCCUUAUAAUUCGUCGGAAGAAGAAGGCAGUAGUGGCAGUGAAAAUAAAUGUAAUAAUAAAGAUGCUUCAGAAUUCGAAAACCGAAUGAUCCGAAAUAAUAGGAGUAGAAAAAUAUCAAAAAAGUGCCCUGAGAUCUCUGAAGUUGUCGGAAUGAUAAAUGACCACUCUUGCAGCAUUUGCUCACAGAGAUUUCAACGUCGAAGUACCUACUCUACGCACUUGAAGAAGAAACAUGGAGUAAUCAUUUGCUCCCAAUGUCCUAGUUCUUUCAAAAGUGAAUCGAAUCUGAAACGUCAUAUGAAUGAUCACCAAAAGUUUUUUAGUUGUAUACAUUGCGAUGAAAAAUUCGAAAAAAAGGGAUCUAUGAGCAACCAUAUAAGGAAUGAACAUAAGUCUUAUCAGCCAUUUGUCUGUGAAGCAUGUGGUGAAGCAUUACGUACAAAGAAGCAACUGAAGCAGCAUAUGUUAAUUCACUCAGAUUAUACGCCCUAUAAAUGUAAAGAAUGUGAGAAGAGCUUCAAAGAGAAAUACCGACUGAAGAGACAUUUGGAAAUACAUGGAGACAAACACAUUUGCACAGAAUGUGGGAAACAACUAAGUUGCCGGGCUACAUUAAAUAUGCAUAUGCUAGUGCAUUCCGAUAAAAUGCCCCACAAAUGUGAUUAUUGUGGACGAACAUUUAAGCGUGCCAAAACUCUUAAAUAUCACCUAAUUGCCCAUACUGGUCUUAGACCAUAUUCAUGCGACUUUUGUGAAAAAACAUUUUCCACCGGUUCAAGUUGUCGUUUUCACAAAAAGACCAUGCAUCCAUCGGAAUUAGCUGCACUGGAGGCUUCAGGAGCAAAGACAUAUACGAAAAAUGUACCAAACUUGGAUGUACUGAGAGCGGUAGCGCGAACGGGGGAAAAUUUUAUGCCUCUGGCAUCCAAACAAAAGGGUUACGUAAAUUUAAAAUAUACAAGGGAAAUCCAAUCAGACGAAGUAAAACCCACUGACGCUGUGAUAAUGGAUAAAUAGUAAACUAAAUAUUAAGAAAAAACUUAUAUAAGAAAACAAUGAAGUAUAAAUAUCUAAAUUAAUAUUACAGAACUUCAAUUUUUAUUUAA